CCUUACUUGAAGCCCUCUACUGGAGAUAUCAAAUAAUCUGAAUGCUGAACAACAAAACUGACAUGGCUGGUAAUUUCACCAAUAAGAUUUUUUUUUAAAGAAUUUGUUUUGAAGAACACUAUUCCCUUUUCCUGACAUUGUGAGCAAAUAUAAGUAUCGAACUGUGGAAAACGAUCGUUGGAUGAAACAUGUGUGUGAAGUGCCAUGUACGAUUAUUAGAAGUGUCCUAAUGGCAGUGUUUUUGAUCAAAUAUUCUAAGAAAAUUAUGCAAAUGCAUGUCAAUAAUACUUAGUUUUUGAGUGAUAUUUUAAUUUUCAAUGUGUUCACAGAAAGGCAACAAAAUGCGUGAUACAGUUUCAUUAUUAUUGAAUAUUUUGUGGUUAUCUCAACUUAUUAUUGGAGUUUGUUGUCUCAAAUGUAGGUGUGAUAUAUGUCAAGAAAAAAAUCAUAUUUGUGAAACUGAUGGAUAUUGUUUCACUACUACAUAUGAAACAAAAACAGGAGGAAUAGAACAUCAGUAUCGAUGUAUGGACUUGAAAAACAUACCGGAAAUAGCCUUUUUACAAUCUGGUGUAGGCAAAGAAUACUGUAAUGAACAUUUUAUAGAUCUCAACAAUGAUGAAUACACAAAAAAAGUUUCGGCAUGUUGCGACAACGCAGAUUUCUGCAAUGAAAACAUCAAGUUCGUACUACCGACCCAUGUACUGUUACCAGAACCAACACUAUGGAACUUAACCUCCUUGGAAAUCAUGAUAAUCAUAGCUGCCCCUACUGCUGUGAUAUGCGCUCUCACCAUUGCAUAUUAUUUCUGUCGUACCUCCAAGCAGAGUAGGGGAGGCCUUCAUCAUCAUUUACAACAUGGUGAAGAUAGUAUCGAGGCUCCAGAUCAUCCAAUACUGAAAGGAGUCAGUCUCAAGCAUAUGAUUGAAAUGACAACUAGUGGUAGUGGAUCAGGUCUACCUUUACUGGUUCAAAGAAGUAUUGCUCGACAAAUUCAGUUAGUUGAGAGCAUCGGACAAGGUAGAUUUGGAGAGGUAUGGAGGGGAAGAUGGAGAGGUGAGAAUGUUGCAGUGAAGAUUUUCAGCAGUAGGGAAGAGAGAUCUUGGUUUAGAGAAGCAGAAAUUUAUCAGACGGUCAUGUUGCGACACGAAAAUAUUCUUGGGUUCAUAGCAGCUGAUAACAAAGACAAUGGAACAUGGACCCAACUGUGGUUAAUAACAGAUUAUCAUGAAUAUGGAUCACUGUUCGAUUUCUUAGAUAGAAAUGUUAUGGAUACAAGUGGUAUGAUCAAGAUGGCACUGUCUAUUGCCACAGGUUUAGCUCAUUUGCAUAUGGACAUCAUGGGAACUCAGGGAAAACCAGCUAUUGCUCAUAGAGACUUGAAAUCUAAAAAUAUAUUAGUCAAAUCCAAUGGUACAUGUGCUAUUGGAGACUUGGGUCUUGCCGUACGUCAUGACGUCACAACCGAUACAGUUGAUAUACCUCUAAAUAACCGAGUUGGCACAAAGAGAUAUAUGGCACCUGAGGUGCUUGAUGAAACUAUGAAUGUUUAUCAGUUUGAUUCUUUCAAAAGGGCUGAUGUUUACGCAUUAGGCUUGAUUUUCUGGGAAAUAGCUACCAGAUGUAAUGUGGGUGGUAUUUAUGACGAAUAUAACCUACCCUUUUAUGACGCUGUACCACCUGAUCCUACAAUAGAAGAAAUGAGACGGGUGGUUUGUAUUGAAAAACAAAGGCCUAAUAUCCCAAAUAGAUGGCAAAGCUGUGAGGCACUUCAUGUCAUGUCCAAAUUGAUGAAGGAGUGCUGGUAUCAAAAUGCAACAGCACGUUUGACUGCUCUGCGUAUUAAAAAGACAUUGUCCAAUUACAGGGCGUCAGAGGAACUCAAAAUGUGAAAAAAGUUGUGAGUUGUUGAAUUUUUGUGUUUCCAAGUUUCUUCUCUGAUGUUUAGAGAAGAAAUCAAACUAAUCUGACUUUCAUUUAUUUUCUUUUCUGUAAAAUUGAAAGAUUCGGUCUACACUUAAUUGUGACGAUUCAAUGCAUAUUCAAAUCAUAAUUGGUAAAAGCUACUUAUAAAUUUGAUCGAUGGACACACAAAAAAGAAAUAUGACUGAAGUUCAAUUUUUCAUCAAUAAUUGCUAAUAAUUUGUUGAAAUAUAGUAACCAUUUUUUAUAUAAUGGAAUCAAGAUUAAAAGAAGAAACUUUAAAAUAUGUAAUCUAAUAUCAUAUCUUAAUUAUUGCCUUUUUCAAAAAAAUGGAAUAAUUUUAUUUGUUUUCUAAUUUAUUUCUCAUCAAUUGGCGACUCUGGUGUAAGUUUACACUGUAAUUAUUCUUCGCAAUUUUUAAUUGUGUGAAGUAAUUCUAGUUCUGAUAUUUCAAUCAUUUGACUUUUUUAUUAUUUUAAUAGUCAUAUAUUUCCAAUAAAAUUAAACAAAAUGCAAAAUUUAAAUUCAACAGGUUGCAAUAAUUGAUUAAUAUUUGUGUCAUAUAACGAAAUUGGAGCUAUCCACAAUAGCUUUUACAAUUAUUGAGUUUUAUGUAAAAUAAGAAACAGUGGUUUUUAUUACAUAUAAAUUGAAUUGUUCAAGUAUUUUCCGAGCAGUUGAUAAACUGUUUUUGGGGAACUUCUGGUAUGCAGCAGAAUCUUCACUUUAUUCCUAAAAAAAAUUCUUUAUUCAUAUUUCAUUUUUUGUGUCAUCGAGAUGGAUCAUUUUGACUUGAACAAUAUUUUUCUAUUCGAAAUGUGAAUUAAAGUAUAUCAAUCCGUAUAAUUUUUAUUUCUUGUUGAUGUUUCUCAACUGAAAUCUAUUUUGUUGACAUUUUCAAUUCCAAUUAUCUUUUAAUUCAAUGUGGAUAACCUGAAGAUACCUGAUAUCUAAUCUUUCAAUCUGCUCAGUAAAGCUUCUAGAAUACAUACCAUUUUUUAAGGGAUAACUUUCAAAUAUAAAAUUUGAACCAUUGAUAUGUUUUACCUAUUAUUUUUUAUAUAGAUUACAUCAUGAAAUAGUUAUCUAUUUGAAUAACGGAUUGAAGUUUUAUAAUGUUAGUAAAACUAGUUUAAAAAUAAUAAACAUAUAAAAUGUAUUCUAGAACCUUUCAAAACUUCUACUGCCUAUCCAUUCCAUAAAAAUAGUAGUUUACAGUUUUAUUCCUUGAAUGGUUGGAACAAAUUCGAAUUUUAUUCUUUCUCUACCAAAUUCAGUGUAGUUUGGUUAAUUUUUCUUGUUAACUGAAUCUAAACAACUAUCAAGAAGACCAUAAAUUUUAUAACAUUGUAUUUCAGGACUAAAGAAAAUUAUUUCGAGAGUACUGUUGACCAUUAUUCAUUACUAUUUUUUUAUAGGAACUUCAUUUUACGAAGGUCUUGAGAUCUUUGGGAAUUCGAAAUUGGGCAAUUUUUUUAGCAUAAAUUAUGUUUUUUCAAAACAUUUCAUCUUAAUUAAUGAUUUCGUAAUUUGUCCGAACUAAAGAGUCCAAAAAUGUCCAAUCGAUGAACAUAAGCGUUAUAGGCUUCAGAAACCAAAAGUUUCUAGCUUACGUUCUGUUUUUUUAAAUGAUUCCUUCAAGAAUACCACAAAAAAAAUUAAAAAAACCGUAAACUGCCCACUUGCCAAACUGAAAACCAAGUCGCUAUAUCUAUACAAUGAUACUAAAAUCGUUCUAGAUCUUCUUGAAGUUGUUCAGCUUAUAGAAACAAGGAUAAAAUUGUUUCUAUUUAUGAAAAUGUAGAUAUAGACUGUACAUAACUCAAUCUACCAUUUCCAUUCUGUCUCUUUUAUUAUUUUUGUUUAUUGUGUUUAAGUUCUUAAAAACACUAGUCAUUGUAUCUAUUGGCAUUUGUGCCCAAUGAUCAGAUGCACACCACAUUCUUCUUGGUAAUAAUGGAUUUGAUUAAAAUCGGGCAGGUUUAUUUUAUUACAAGAGACUAUGUCAGUUAGUUGUGAUUUUAAAUUUAAAGGCAAUAAAAAUGCAUGAGUUUAAUUUUCUAUUUGUUUCAUCACUAAAACAGAUCAUUUCGAAAUUUGGGAAGGCUCAUGAAUUUCAGAUUUUUUAACAUGAUAAAUUAUUGCAAAUUUUUUUAUACCAAAUAUAGAAACUUUUUAGUAUUCAUUUUAACCCUGAUUAACUGAGUUGUUAUUAUCCAAGCUAUGGAUGAACAAAUGAAUAAAUCAGGAUUAUUCGAGUUUUCAGUUAUCUUAUAAGGGUUUCCCCCAUGUUAACUCAGAUAACUGUGGUUUUAUUAUAAUAAUUGGAGUAAUAAAAUUCAAAUAGAAAAUUCACUGUGAAAUGAGAAAUGCCUCAAUGAUAUGUUGUAGUUCCUAAAAACUAAUUAUUUUAAAAUUCCCUAUUUGAUCUACUAUAUAGUUCUCACUUUUGCACUUUCAUACUAUUACAGUAAAGUUUUUUUACUUCAAAUGAAGUGAAUUAAGUAGUCCUAGUAACUUUAUGACGAAAUUGUAUUUUAAGAAGUUAACUAUUGUGCUAACUAUAUUUUUAAAACAACUAAAUUAUAACAUGAAAUAUUAUAUAUUUUAGAGAGUUAAUAAAAAAGUAACUGUUGUGAGCCUAAAUAUUUAAUUUUGCGAAAAAAAUUAAUCGAAAAAAGGCAUCAUGUUAGAUGAGAAUAAAAAGAAGAAAUUGAUAUUUGGAAUAUUCUUAUGAUUGUUUUCAUUAAAUCAAUGUUUUAUUUUAAAUUAAAUGUAAUAUUAAUAUUGAGGUAUCAAUGCUUUUCUUGAUGGUGCAGAGUUUAUUAUUAUUUUUGAAAUUCAUAUUGAUUUCCUUUUACGGAUAACUAACAUUAAUAUAUAUUCAUGAAAAUAAACAUAACUCUCAAAAUCGUUAUCCCCAUAACCAUUUUCUGAUCAAUCCUUUCAAGAGUUUUUCUAAUUUUGUAAAUUAUCAGCAUGCACACUGUUCCGCUAACCAAAUUAAGAAAAAUAUUGGUGCUUGGUUUGAAGACUGAAUUUUUUACUAAAUUAACAAUACAUUGAUUUAUAUUUAAUAUUUUUUAAGUUAAAUAACCAUUCUGCACAAAACAAAUUCCAGAUAUCUAUCAAUAAAAUUUAUUAAAAACUUAAAUGUUGAGAUGUACUUUUCACCUUUAUAUAUAACAAGAAUAGUUCCAUUCAGGGAAAUAAUAUCAAUAUUUCAGAAAAGAAUUUUUGUUACAGUAUGCCCCUUUAUGAUCAAGUCUCUGUCAAUAUGUAUAUAUAGAUAAUUUAGGUUACAACUGAAGAAUAUAAUUAAGAUGGUCAAAUAUUUUUUGUAUAACAAUAGUGCUGUUUGCAAGGUACAAAUUUAUGUCAAAAGUUUUAUACAAGAGUGAAUUUGUUAACGAAUUUUGCCAAAUGUUAUUUUAUGGCCAUAUUUUGUAAUUUCCAUGUAGUCACAUCGAAUUCUAAAGAAGGUAAAAAGUUUAUUUUUGUGACAAUUUCAAUCCAAGAUAAAGUUUAACAUUUCAGUUAUUAUGACUUUUUUGUUUUUUACUUGAGCCUGAAGUGUUUAAAGAAAAAAAUUUAAGUAUAUUAAAAAGUCUAUUACAAACCGAAUAAUUUCUCUAUUAGUUUGUUUUUUAUUGAAAAUAAUUGGUUUGCUUUACAAGCUUAUGUAACGUGAAAAUGCAUUGACAAAAUGAAUUAUAUUGUUUCUUAAAACAUUCUUCCCAGAUAAUUAGAACUUUCUGUAAUUUGUUUCUUUGAUUGUUUUGAUCUCUAAUUGACAAAAAUUUAUUUUGAUAUUGGUUUAAAGCGAUUUCCCCAAAAUCUAUUCGACACAAUUAUUUUGUUGACUUCUUGAGAUGAGUAUGUUCCAACAUUCUAAUUUACAUCGGUUGUCUCAAAUAUAGAAAUAGGUAAAUAAUCUGAAAUUUCCAAUAUCUUACUUUUUUCUGUAUUUAAAGAAUCCGAUGUAAAUUAGAACAUUAAUAACCAUACUAUCCUAAAGAAGUUUGACAAAACAAUUGUUGGGAUGGAUAAAUAUCUUCCAUUUUUCAAUAUAAUUGAAUAGGUAUGAUUGGAAAUUGCGCAGAAAUGUUGAACAAAAUAUGGUCAUGAGAAGUAGAGAUUAGGGUAUAUAACAAUAAGACAUCUCCUUGAAUUUCCACAUGUUCAAUAAUUUUUAAAAAUUAAUUUAGGAAUUAUUUGAUCUGGUAAUGUGGGAAUGAAGCAACAUGUUUGAAAAUCUCAUAAUAUAUCUAUUCCAGGCAACUAUCUACGUUUAAGAAUAACAUAUAACUGUAGUAAUCUAUGAAUUUAAAAUUCCUCAGGACUAUUCACACAUUUGCAAUAGAUAUCUAACAUCUCAUUCAGUAGAGUAGAAUUUUGUUGAAGCAAGUGCAUUAUUUAUAUAAUCGUAUACAGGGUGAUCUGGAGUUUUGAAUUUUUAUACAGUUAUUUUUUUUUUUGUACAGUGUUGAAUACUAAUCUUUAUUGGAGUGAUUGCUGGUGUGUGCUGAUCACCCUGGUAUAUCUUUAGUUGGAAAUUGUUGAUAAUUAUAUCCGAUCAUAGUGAUUAUGCAUCAUAUUGCCUUUUGUAUAUUAUUAAUUGUUCUUUUAUGUACAGAGAGAUAAAGAUGUUUUGUGGCUUAGAUGCAGUAUCAUAUACCAUUUGUAAACGUAUUUGAAAAUAUAGUACUACUCAUUUGAA